AUGGACCUGACGCUACAGAGUGCCGACGUGCUGUGGCUGGCCAAGCCGCCGGCGAAGCUGAAGGAGGCGUCGCUGGCGCCGCGAGCCACUCGACUGGCGGUGCUGCUGCCCGGCGCGCAAGAGAGAGACGAGGGGCUGCCACUGCCCUGCAGUGUGCCCAUCGCUGCGGAGGAGCUGACGACAAAGGACAAGACGUCGCUGCUGGACAAGCACGUGGUGUUCCAGCUCCUGGACGAGAACCAGGUGGUGGCGACGCAUGCGCUGAUGCUGAGAGGGUGUAUCCCCGUGCUGACGGAGGGCGCCAUCCACUGGACGCAGCCAGUGCUGCACAAAGACUUGUCGCUGCACAAGAACAAGGCUGCGCUUGGACUGCUGCCGGCAGUGGCGGGCUGCGUUGUGGGCAUCGUGGGGACUUCUCCGGUCUGGCUGCCGCUGACGCUGCUAGUUGGCGUGAUGGGCUUCCCCGUGUGGAUCGUCGUAGGCGUUGCCGUGACGCUGGUCACGAUCUUUUCCACCAUAUCGGCGGUCGUGGCGGUGAAGCUUGCACGCUCAAAGAGGGUCAAAGGCGCGUGCCAGCACUUCUUGACGAGUCAACAAGGUCAGCUGCUGCUGUUCGAGGGCAUGCCUGGAGAGGAGUCUCUGUCGCCCUCCGCUCUCUCCGCUCGCGCGAAGGAAUACGUGCUGGAGAAUCCGUCUCGCAAGCUGGUUGCCAGUCUGGCGAUCGACUUCUUGGGCAACGCAACGUUUGUAGUUCCCGGCGUGGGCGAGCUGGCGGACGUGCUUUGGGCGCCCGUGUCGGCGAAGAUGGUGGAUACGCUCUACAAGGAAUCGUCCCCGCAUGCCAAGUACGUGGCCUUUAUGGAGGAGGUGCUGCCCUUCACGGACUUCAUCCCCACGGCGACGCUCGCAUGGAUGAAGGAGAACUUGAGCUCGAAGGAGCUGAACAAACUGCUCGCACUCACCAAGUUCAGCAAGAGAUCGUAA